AUGUUUACAUUCUCUGGAGCAGCGGCGGAGCCCCAAGCUGUACCAAGAGAAGAGAAGCUGAGACGCUGCUUCCCGGCGAGGAGCCCGCUGUUUUCUGACGAAACCGAAGCGGUCUCUAUUGGGCCGCCAAGGAAAGGGACUCAGCGGCUGCCCGGGGGCGGCAGGGCUGGAUGGAGGAGGGUCGGACCCUCCCGCUGCCGUGCGGGGGAGGGCGCGCCCGAGCUGCGGGCGGGGAGCGGCCCCGUGCAGAUCCGAGUGGCCGUCCAGGACGGGGACGAGGAAGACGAGGAGGAGGAGGGGGGCGGCGGAGCGCCGUGCCCCAGCUGCAGCGAGGAGGAUUCGGGGCGCUGCGGGCGCUCCAGUGGUGGGGAAAAUGAUGAUGACUCUGACCAGAACUGGAAACCACCAGAAAAUGACCUGAUCCAGAAGUUAGUAGCACAGAUUGAAUAUUACUUCUCAGAUGAGAACCUUGAGAAAGAUGCCUUCCUUCUGAAGCAUGUGAGAAGAAAUAAGAUGGGUUAUGUCAGUGUUAAACUCCUCACUUCAUUUAAGAAGGUGAAACACCUUACCCGUGACUGGAGGACCACAGCCUAUGCACUGAAGUACUCAAACACUCUGGAGCUCAAUGAUGAUAACAAAAAGGUUCGAAGAAAUACUCCAGUUCCAGUGUUUCCAAGUGAAAAUGUCCCUACCAGGAUGCUACUGGUACAUGAUAUCCACAUGAUUUCUGAGCUGCAGGCCCUGAACAAAGAAGAAAACGGAUGCAUGCAAGAAAGGAUAAUGGAGCAUCUCCUCAAAGCCUUUGUAACUUUCGGUGUAAUUUCAUCAGUUCGUAUUCUCAAGCCUGGCAGGGAUCUCCCACCUGAUAUCAGGAGGGUCAGCAAUCGAUACACUCAGCUGGGAACCCAGGAAUGUGCAAUUAUAGAAUUUGAAGAAGUAGAAGCUGCCAUACGUGCUCAUGAUUUCAUGUGUGCCGAAAACAAAGAGACCAGCAUGAAAGUUGUCCUAAUAGGCAUGAAACCACCAAAGAAAAAAGUUCCCAAAGACAAGAAUCGUGAUGAAGAUCCCAGCAAGAGCCUUAAGAAGACUCGAUCCCUUAACAAGAGAGUUGAGGAACUUCAGUUUGCUGGUGAUGAAUCUUCAGCAAACAGCUCCUCUGACCCAGAGAGCAAUCCUACGUCCCCACUGUCAGGACGCAAAUGUACCACAACAAAUACUACGAGGAAUUUGAGCCCCAUUGUCCACCCAAACAACCAUUUGAGUCCUAAUAUGUCACCCAGAUCAAGUCCUUGGAACAGUCCAUCUUCACUUAGAAAAGUAACCAAAAAAUCUCCGCUGGCUGAAGACAGCAAGCUUAACCCAAGCACUAGCCCUGAAAUUCCAAGGAAAUACACUGAUUAUUCCUCAGAUAGCAGUAUCACUCCUUCUGGGAGCCCCUGGGUGCAGAGAAGAAAAGCUCAAAAUCUGACACAAGAGAAGAGUCCUGUCAGCAGUCCCAUGUUGGCUCGGAAAAUACAAAAUGCAGACGGUCUCCCUGUCGGGGUGCUGCGGCUGCCCAAAGGUCCUGAUGGCACCAAAGGAUUCCACAAUGGCUGUGAAAGAAGGAAGGCUAUGAAGGGUGAAUAGACUCUUCUUUAAAACAGUUUCACAAGUCAGCCAACUGCUGGUGACCAAGCCUGGUGAA